UACUUUCAAUUACCGUUGUGAUAAUACUUGUGACGAUGAUUAUGCUCAUAUUACCCUUUGUAUUACUCUUAUUGGAGGGUAAGUUCAAUGAGAAAAGCAUCAUAAUUCAUAAAGUGUCACUUCAGCGUCUCCGUCAGACAGACAGACAAGUCUCAUCACCCGUUUUUUCUUUCCCGCCGAUCCCAACUCCCAAAGAGGCCACUAUAAUGCUUGAUACAACAGCAAAUCCACUCAAUCAUUUUACAAAAAAAGUAGUCAUCUUAAAACAGAGAGAAAGAAGGAGAGAUAGCUUGAACUUGGCCACUUAAUUGGAUGCCAAUAAAAAUUGGUAAGAUGCGAAGCUCAUCUAAGUUCAACAGUAGCUGCAACAACAAUGCUCGAUUCAUGCAGCCCCUCCUCGACUUCUUCCUCAAUACCUUUUCAAUUCCAGUGUCAUUUAUGGAGCACUUAGAGAUGAAAACUAAAUUGAAGGAUGAUCCACCAGAGAGUGUAGUGCUUACAACGGAGGAUCAGCCUCACCGUCAUUGGAUCGUCAAACUCGAAGGCGGCCGCCAUUUUAAGGAUGGUUGGAAAGAAUUCUGUCUCCACCAUGAUCUGCAAGUGGGUGACUUUCUGGUGUUCACUCAUCAACUAAACUUCAUCUUCCAAGUUUCUGUCUAUAAUGCUGCCACUGCUUGUCAGCGUUGUUAUUCUUCCUCCAAUUCCCACCAGCAGCUUAAAUCAAUCCAUAAGCCCACUGGAUCAAAGACGAAGAAGGUUAGAUUGAAGCCCAACUCUAGAGAUCGCAUAAGUGGCAAAAGAAAAGCAAGGGAAGCUCAAGCACAAGCCACUCCUACUGCGGAGGGCCAAGAUAUUUAUGGUCAGAUCACUCUCACUUCCUUUGCCAUUAAACGCUCAACUAUAUAUCUUCCUAAAGGUUUUGUCAGAUCGUGUGGCCUAAUAAAUAAGAACUGUUUCGUAAAACUCAUAUAUGGAGAUGGUAAGGCAUGGAAAGUAAAGCUGUCUUACCGGAAAUAUGAUGGCCAGGCUUAUAUUCACGGAGGAUGGAAACAGCUUCAGGCUGCAAAUAAUCUCAGACCUCGAGAUAUCAUCUGUUUUCAGCUCCUUAAACGUGGGAGGUGGCCUAUUAUGAAAUGUCACAACAUCCUCUACGUUGAAAUCCUUACUCGUCUGCCCGUAAAAUCUCUGCUUCGGUUCAAAUCCGUUUCUAAACACUGGAAUUCCAUCAUCUCUUCCAAAGAUUUUGCUAAAGAUCAUCUCCACAAAUUUGGUAAUUCCACUUUCAACACCUCAUUACUCGUCCACUCCACAUGUAAAGAGACUUUUCUUGGUCCAAACACACGUAUAACGAUCGAUUACGUAGCAAAACUUUUUACUUUCAAACUAGCUCAAGUUAAAAACACAAACAUCAAUAUCACAUUGUCACCAUUGGAUUACUACACCGAUGAUAGUAUUAGAAACCCACUCGCCUUUGACUCACAUAUGGUUGGAUCAUGUAACGGGUUGAUUUGCUUACAAAUUGGCAAGAAGUUCACUAUUUGUAACCCGGCAAUACGAAAGCAGCACCAAACAACACCACCUAAGUAUAACCCCGGCAAGAACAAUCUUUUUGUUUCUGGGUUUGGGUAUGAUUCUUCGUCGAAUGCUUAUAAGAUACUCCGCCUAGUCCUCGGAAAACCUUACGGAACAGACGAAGAAACAUGUCAAGCACAUGUGUUCUCGACUAAGAACAAUGAGUGGAAAGAACUCGACAUGAGUUUUUGGUUGACGUUCAUUAAUGGUGCGUGUGAACCUUUCAUCUUUCACAGUCAUGUUUUAGUGGGUGAAACAUUGUAUUGGGUAUUUGAAACUCGAGACACUAGUACACGCAAUUCGAAUAUCAUUGCGUUUGAUUUUGCCAAGGAAACGUUUUCUAUCAUACCUCUUCCUAAAUCAUAUCAUGCAAGUAUAAGAGACUAUCCUCCCACUCGCAUGUAUUUGAGUAACAUUAGACAGCGAUUAAGCGCUUGUUGGAUGUUGUCUGGACAGCAGUUCGUCAUCGAAGGUUGGAUGCUAGAGCAUAAUGCAAACUUGGAGUAUUGUUGGACGAAAUUAUUGAAGACUAAUACUACUAGCAUAUUAGAUCCGAGUUAUCGAAGUCUGUUUGAGCUUACAGCAGAUAACAAUUAUAAUGGCAAAGCAUUAGAAUUUCCAGCAAUAACAAACUCUUGUUGCAUGCAGUCAAUUCCAGUGUCAUUUCUGAAGCGGUUGGAUGAGGAGCUACAUGGUCAUCUGCUGAAGGAGGUGGAGCUCAUGACAGAGCCACAGCGUCGUUGGGUGGUUAAAAUCGAAGGUGGCCGCCAUUUCAAAGAUGGUUGGCAGGAAUUCUGUCUGCACCAUAAUCUGAAAGUGGGUGAUUUUCUGGUGUUUACAUAUCAGACUGACUUCCUCUUUCACGUCUCUGUCUUUGAUCCCGCUACUGCUUGUCAGCGCCAUUAUCCACCUUCCUCUCACCAGCACCACCUCAACAGUGUCAAAGGUUCUGGAAAGAGGAGGGGUUUGAAGUUGAACACUACUUGCAAAAGAACACAGUUGGAAGCUGAAAUUGCUGCUACAGAAGUACCAUCAUCUGAUCAAACCCAAUUUCCAAGUUGUCAAGUGACUCUUACUCUCAGUAGCUUCAAUAGAAAAAUUAUUUAUCUUCCUAUGCGCUUUGUGAGAUCAAGUGGUCUUCUAAAUAGAAACUGUAACAUUACGCUUGUAGAUGGAGAAGAAAUGUCUUGGAAAGCAAAGCUGAGUUUUAGGAAAGAUAACGGUCAACCUUACAUUGUGCAAGGAUGGAAAUAUUUUCAGGCUGCAAACUGUCUCAAGCCUGGAAAUGUUCUCAGUUUUCAGCUCCUUGAAGAUGGGACAGUACCUAUUCUGAAAUGCUAUAGUAAGUUAUCUUCCCCCUCAACAUGGCUUAUUAGUUGGUUAGUUUUUCCUCUAUUGUCCAAGUUGAACUUGUGUAAUAGACUAGCCUAGGUGGGCAGGGGUAUUUUCGUAAUAUACUCUAGUUAAUAUGUGAGCUAGGGGAAUAAGACAAGUAGACUAUAAAUACAGGAUAUUAGGGAAGGAAAAGAUCAUCAAGAAAAUAUUGGAAAUUUCAUUUUAGUUGUUAGCUUUGGGAGUGUGUCAAGUCACUCGAAAACUUGAUAAUCUAUCUUUAUUUUCUGUUAUUUCCAUUUUUAUCAAUCAAAAUCAUCUUCAUCUUCUUUGAUUUUAGUGUCCCAAAUAUCCAGUUCAUUACAACUUGUCUUUCAAUAUAAUUUCUAUAAUGCAUGGGGUGUAUAUAUCGUGCGCAUGGUCCUAGAAUAUUUUCUUGUUCAUGUGUUUAUUUGGAGGCGCCUCCAAAUAAGUAAAUCAAUAACCAGAACAGAAGAGUUUCAAACAAGCAGAAAAUAGUAGUGAAUGUAUCAUCAAGGUGUAUAGUGGAUGCAUUAGGUGAAACGAAUAAAAAUCAAAAGGGCUUCUAAUUGAAUACGAGAGAAUAGGUAGAUACUUACGGGAUUAGAUUGAAUGAACAAGUCUAAUGUUUGAGUAGAGAGAUCCUCAUAAACUGGGUAUUUAACUAGUUCACUUUAACCCAAGAAGCCAAGAUCAUAAAGAUGUUUUUGUUUACCUUCUAAUAUAUUCAGGACUAGACCAGAAAACAUCGGAUGGAUCCCAAGUCCCACCUGAGAACUAAUGCUUGAUUACCCAAGGAAACAAGAAGGUAACAGCUAUUGUAAAAGAAACACAAUUAUAGGUAAUUCAAAUAUUUUAACUGUUUGAUUCUGAGCAGGAAUUUAAAGCGGCAGGAGAACAAUAGCAUGAAUUACAAAGAAAGAAGCUUUGGGAAACACUGCUGUUAUCAGAGUUAUCGUGGAUGAGUCAUUAAUUUCCCAGGAUCACAGCAUCAAUUUAGAAGAUCAAAAGAGCUGCUACCACCAAGAAGGUAAAAUUGAUAAGAAGGGUGGUAGUAGUACCUUCAAUGCUUUUGUGGUUUUUUAGGAGACUUUAGGUUUCUAUGUCAAAUACAAAAGUGAAGUUCUAUGUUCCUAUACUAUGUAAGCUUUAAGUCUUUGCAAAUUCGUGCACUCCUAUUCUGCAUUUGAACCGAAGUUUGUAUCAUAGUUGAUAUCUUAUUCAUUAGGUCUGAAUUUCACUGGUUUCGUUACUCAUUGUGAAAAGCAAUCAGGAUGACAAAUUUUAAUGUUUGAGAUAUUGUUGAAUCAUAAAAGCACAAAUUCUUUCAGGUAACCA